CUCGAAUAAAGUAAUGAAUAAAAAUCAUGCGAAUGGCGCAGCAGAUUUGAAUUGAACGCAGAGUGAUGACGCCAAAACCGGGAAAGCCAGCGAGCGAGGAAUCGUGGCCUACUUCGCCGCUCCUUUCCGUUAGACUUAUCUCUCUACUUUUUCGCGCAACGAAGUCGUGGCCCAGAGUUUGUUGAAUUUGAUUUUUGAGAGGGAAAGCAUGAAUUCAACACAGAGUGAUAAUAAUGCUUAAAUGAACAGAAGAAGGAAGGAAUGAAAGAACAAAAACGAUUAGAAGCUUUAGUCUUCGAUUAGAUUCCUUCUCUUCCAGUAAUGUUAUCCCAAUGCAUUUCUUGUAAGUCUUCCUUCCUCAUUUUCCGAUUUCUAUUCCUUAAACUGCCCUUGUUUCCAGUACCCAAAUUUUCAGGUCAUUCAACUUCCAUUGUUUGUUCAACUACUUUUUGUUCUACUGGCGAUUUUCCAUUGACAUAAAAUGGAACAGUUGAUUGUGACCUAAUUCAAAGCAGUAUAGCACAUGAUAAGGAGAAGUUUUCCUAUUGAGAAUUGAUUUUUAAGUAAUGGGAGACCAUUUUGUAUUACUGGUAGACCGGUUGCUCACUGAAUCCACGCUAGAAGCUGCUAUACAGUGUGGAAACUCAUUGCAGGAUCCUUCGAGCACUUUUGGAGAUAAGAGAACUGACUUUAGUUCCCAUAAGAUGGAAAUUAAUGUAAAUUCAUCUCCAGCAGAAUUAGUACAGUGUAGGAUUUGCCAUGAGGAAGAUGAAGACUCUAACAUGGACAUACCCUGCUCUUGCCUUGGAAGCCUCAAGUAUGCUCACCAUGAAUGUGUUCAAAAGUGGUGUAAUGAGAAGGGUGAUAAUAUCUGUGAAAUUUGCUGCCAGCAAUACAAGCCAAGUUAUACUGCUCCGCCGCCUUUGCUGUAUUAUGGUGGGAUCCCAUUGCACUUGAGGGGUUUCAGAGGACAUUGGGAGAUUUCCAGAGAAGACCUUAGCAAUCCUGAAUUGUCUCCUACAGAUCCCUACAAUUUUAUAAACCAACAAGAUUCAGAUGAGUAUUCGGAACAUGCUACUCAAAGCUUGAUAUGUUGUCGAUUUGUCGCUAUAAUUUUUACAGUUCUUCUGAUGGUUCGUCAUACUCUACCCAUUUUCAUCAGUGUUGUAGGAGAUGACUCUAUGCCUUUGCUUGAAGUACUUAUGCUGAGUAUUGGGAUCGUGUUGCCAAUAUACAUAAUGGUGAAGGCUUUUAUUGCAACCAGGAACAGAAGACGACAACAUCAGGAUGUCCGAAGCAGCUCCGACAAUGCAAUGACAAAUGAACCACCCCAACUGCAGCAGCCUCUGCCACACCUCAUACAUAUUCAUUGACGACAACUAUCUUACAAUUCUGCUUUGCCAUGUGAUUUUAUAGCCUUUAUUUUUUAGGCAAUGUACAUAUCUAAACGCUGUACAGACUCACAUAGGCUGUAUACACUAUUUCUUUACAAGCAUUAAAGUGAACUAGUGAUAUUCUUAAUAGAAUAUUUGCUUGAGGAGUCUAAUGACAUAUGCCGUUGUACCUCCAAAUACUUGGACUCAC